AUGUCUUCGUCCGAAGAAGAAGUAGUUCCAAAACGUCAAGCCGUUAAGAUAAAACCACGAACAAUUAAACCGCAGCCGCGACACGUUGAAUUAGUUGUAACUAGUAAUACCCUACAAACUCAAAAUGUAAUUGACAAUACCGAUUUACCUGAUUCACCGAGUAAACCGAAAAAGUUAAAAAUAUCUGAUGACGAGGAAGACGGCUUCUUUACACGACAAUCUUCUUUCAAUUGGAACGCGUCCACUAAAAAAACAAUACCCAUAAAAAAUCUCAAAGAGUCUGAGGAAAAUAAUUUUGACGACGAUCUAUCAAAAAGUGAAGAAAAGGAGACUCGACUUAAACAUUCAAAACCUAAGCGAAAAGCUCCACGUUUGGAUUGGACAUUAUCCGAGGAUCCAAUCGAUAUUUAUAAUACCAGCGAUCAUACAAAUGAUCUUUCAGAUUUUUCAGAUGAGGCCAUGGAAAAGAAUAGAAUUAAUGACGAAAAAGUGAUUUCAGAUAGAGAACCAUCUUUAACACCUCCACCUGAACUUAACGAAUAUCAACUAAGAACCACGGUUGGCACGUUAAGAGCGACACUUUCUCAAUAUUUGGAAGGCCUUCGAUCCGAAAGCGCUGACGUCGGUUCGCCAGGUGUAUCUUCCGAGCCACAAGAUGAUAUAGAGUUAGAUCCUGAACUUUUAGCUAUUCAACAACAGUCUAUUAACCUGCCGAAUGGAAAAUCAACUAGAUAUGUUGAUUCUAAAGUUGAGAUAAUGGUACUUCCCGUUCGUCAUCCAGGUAUCAAUACUACAGAUACGAAUAGAAUAGCACAAGCUGAAUUCGAAAAGCCUAUUAAAUUUAUCAUGAAAGCUGUAUAUAAUUUCGAGCGAAUGAUAAAGAAUAUAUGUGAAAAAAGAAGUAUAGGGAAACAAGAUAUAGUUCUGACAUAUAAAAAAGUGAAAGUAUUUCCGCGUAGCACACCAGAAAGUUUAGGAAUGUCUGGUCAUGCGCAUAUGGAACGAAAUGAUCUAUUAAAACUUAGAAUGUUAGAAGAAAUAGAGAGAGAGUCACAUUUGUUUUCUGAUGAUUCAACAGGAAAUGAGUCUGUUUUGGAUAAUUCUGAAAAAAUAUUUCAAAUGAAUAAUUGUAAUUAUCUUCAUCUGAAGUUGUUAAGCAAAGAUGAUUCAAUUGAGAAAUUGAAGAUAAAAAAGACUUUAACAAUACAAGCCGUUAUUGACCAUUACAAAAAAAUCAGAGAUAUCCCGGACAAUAUUGACAUGAAAUUAAAGUUUGAAGAUGAAGUGUUAUCUGUUACUGAUAAACUAGAGGAUACAGACUUGGAGGAUGGCGAUAUGUUGUCUGUCGUUCUUAAUUGUUAA